AUGAUUCGUCUGAUGAAAUCAGAGCUUCUGGCAUCAGUUCCGUCACCAAAGAGCCUAAAAACUGACUGCCAUGGUGACGAGAUCGAGCGUUUUCGUUACGUGAAAGAGGUAGCUUCACUCAUCCUUUAUUAUCCCAACGUUUUGGCUCGUGCUAUUAUAUUUCUCUAUGAGAUUAGCAUUCUGAAAGCCGAAGGAAACCUAUUUUUUAUUGCAAUCGUGGGCGCAGGCAUUGUUCGUCUGUGGUUCGCAAAUGUUGUAGCAUUAUAUCUGCCUUCGGCUAUAGUCGAACGAUUUUUUGCCUCCAAAUACAUAACUGAUUACGAGAGAAUCAGCAGGCCGUGGAUUCACAGGGUCAUCAUAAUGUGCGUUUAUUUAUCAGCACUGAAUGGCGCCGUUUACAGUGUGCUAGGACUCCUCAGUGUCGUUACUUUAGCCGUGUCUUCAGCUACUUUUUUAAUCCUCUCUUGUCUAGCAUAUGUCACUUUGUUUCGUCGAGAAUAUGUAAGACUACGCUAUUUAAAUCAAGAUGUACAUCCGGAGAGUGUGUGCUAUACUCUCAGCACCAAAUAUCAGUUGACGGAAAAUUUGAGAGUUUUGAAGAUUUUGAUGAUACUCUCGAUAGUGCUAGCAGUGGGGGCUACUAUCACUUGUUCGUUAUUCACACUCUCAACGAAAGUUGUCAUGGGCUAUCCACAUUGGCGUCAAAUGUGCUAUGGUCUAAUAGAUAUCACCUUCGCUGUCUGGCUCGACGUUAUCAUCCUGAUUUUCAUGGUUUUUCUCGGUGUCAUCGAUUUGGAAACGUUCCCUCAGUUCUCGAAAACUAAGGCGGCCAUGUUGGACCGAACAAUAAACGACCAUCGUGGAGCAGCCACUGCAUACUUCGAACAGUUGUCACGCACAUGGAACAGGCCGACUCGGUCGACAUAA